AAUCUCAUACGGCCAAGUGUUGAAAUCUGGUGACGUGGCGUACAGCCCCAAAUUCACUGGAAAUUUCAUAGUCCCAUUCACCAAUCCAAUGAAUAUUAUACUACUAACUGAAAAUCAUUAGAAAAUCAGAUAAUUAUUCCCAAUAUUUAAUGCAAACUCCAUCAUUUAUGCUCGAUUAUUAUGUGAUUAUUCAUCAAACUCGAAACCGAUUUUAUUUUUUAUUUUUGUGCAUUUUUAAUUAUUACUAUCGUGAUCUAUUUACGACAGAUGUGUGAUUUCGAUUCACUAUCAUUUUCUUUUCCUUUUUAGUUUAUUUGGCUGAUCAUUCAUCGAAAUUUGGCGUUUCCAAUUGUGAUUCUGCACAAUAUUUGAUUUGCAGCUGCAAUGGAUGAAGGGAAAUUUCACCCGAUUGCGAGUAAUUCAGGGGAGAAAUUGGGGGCAAUUGCGAUGCCGGCUAAUGUAAUUCGCGAUGCAGAUGGAUCGUCUAGGGUUAUUUUAUCGGAGCCCACCGGUUGUACGGCUGAGGUGCUUUUGCACGGCGGGCAGAUUGUGUCUUGGAAGAAUGAAAGAAGAGAAGAGUUGCUAUUUAUGACCAACAAGGCUCUUUGGAAGGCUGGUAAAGUCAUCAAGGGCGGGAUAUCCAUUUGCUUUCCGCAGUGUACCAAUUUUGGGUCACCAGAGCAACCUGGAUUUGUGAGGAAUAGGCUGUGGUCGGUAGAUAACUCUCCUUCGCCUCUGGCCCCUGCCAAUAGUCGCUCAACGGUGGAUCUUCUGUUUAAAUCCACAGAUGAUGAUCUGAAGACUUGGCCGCAUAGAUUUGAGUUACGUCUACGAAUUUCUGUGACUGCUGGCAAGCUCACCGUGAUCCCACGUGUGCGGAACAUCGAUAGCAAACCAUUCUCUUUCACAUUUGCUUUAUGCAGUUACUUAUCCGUCUCUGAUAUCAGCGAAGUGCGUGUUGAGGGCUUGGAGACGCUGGACUACUUCGAUAAUUUGUUACAGAGGGAAAGGUAUACUGAGCAGGCUGAUGCAAUUACUUUUGAAGGUGAGGUUGAGCGGGUGUAUUUAAGCACCCCACCAAAGAUAGCAGUAAUAGACCAUGAGAAGAAGAGAACCUAUGUGCUUCGCAAAGACGGGAUGCCUGAUGCAGUUUUAUGGAAUCCCUGGGACAAGAAAGCAAAGGCUAUGCCAGAUUUUGGGGAUGAGGAUUACAAGAUAUCGUUAUGUAUCGAUUCUGCUUCAGUUGAAACCCCGAUAGUCUUGAAGCCCUGUGAAGAGUGGAAGGGCCGUCAAGAGCUGACAGGCGUCUCUUCAAGUUAUUGCAGCGGACAGUUGGAUCCUCGAAAAGUACUUCAGGGGUACCAGUAUUGAAUUUGUAGUGCAUAUAUAUCGGGAUCGCUUAUCAUCAUUUUCCGUCAUGCAUACAUAAGCCGCUUCUUUUCUUUGUGAAGUACUAAUCCAGCUUCAUGCUGUUUGAUGAGCUUUAUCUGUCUUCUUUUAUAUGAGGUUCAACAUUUUACCUUUAUGUAGGAGAAUUGCUUUUACAUUAGAUUCUCUAUGAUGAUGGUCUCAAUUAUGGAA